AUGGUACGCUUGAUAUUUGAAAACGUAUCGGACCACCUGAUUGCCAAGCGCAUACAUGGCGAGUGUUUGGCAGAAGUCCUUAUAAGCCACCACUUCGAGAUCGCUAGUCUGCUCUUUGAUCAUGGUCUAGGUCCGAGUUUACAAUUCAACUCGAAUCAUACUGUAUCCCGCAUUUCAGUUGAAUGGAUGAAUCAUGACUUGGCCAAAUUUCUCUUGAGCAAAGAAGCCCUGCCAUCCAAUCUUGAGCCGGCGCUGAAGGAUGGAAAAACUUUCAGUUCUAAGGGUGAUUACUCAGACGACCAAAGCCGAAUAGUCAAAGAACUAUCAUUGGUGAUGGCAGCGAAGAACAAAGAUCUGGAAAUGAUCAAACUUCUACUUCAAUAUGGCGCAAAGCGCAAUUUAGAGCCCCAAUCAGCUGGUUUUGUUGAACAGCAUCAAACGGGGCCAGAUUUUGACCCAGUGCUGGCGACUAUCCGAAUCAAAUCUCUUAAGAUGAUGGAAUUACUGGUCACAAAGAAGUCUGACUUAUGUCCUCUUAUCAUCAAAUGUGCCAUCCGCUCCAUGUGGGAAGAGGGGAUCCAUUUACUUUCUUUUGAUCCCACAUACACCGAUGCGACUGAGUCUAACUCUGUGUGGCCACAGGAAAUAAUAUCAGCCCGCGAUGGUCGUUCCCUUGAAGUCGAAAUUCCUUGUAACACAAAGGUCCCACGUCUCAAAGGAGGCAAUACUCGAUACAAUCAAUCCUUCAUAGACACCGGGCUUGGAGUAUUUGCUUUCAAUUGA